AAUUCAAUUGUUUAUUAAAUAAUCAAUUUUUCUCUUUCCUUUUCUUUUUAAUAACUUACAAAGAAUUGUUUUUUGAUAAUCUACAAUUCAUCAGAAUACAAAAAAUAUUAAUUUUUCAAUUUUUCAAAUAUAAAUAGCCUGUCUGCUCUUUCUUCUUAUAUGUGCUUCAAGCUCUAAUAAACAGCAAAUAUAUAAUUGGAAUUGACAUUUCUUAAAUAUUUGAGGAUUAUAUCCAGAUUAAUAAUUACUCUCGACUAGAAAUUUCUGAUAAUCAAAUGCAGUUACGGUGACACAUUGAUAAAUUAGUUUAGUCUAAAGUAGCGUGACUUUCAUGUACGAUGUACGUCAAGAUACAACAACGAGAUUAGCGCGAUAGAUUGUACCACUUUACGGAAGUUUGGUGGAUAUUUAUAUUUAAUUAAUUCUUGAUGCCCCCAAAGUGAAAGAUAAUUAAAUCAAUAAAUAUUUUUUUACAGAUAUUAACCAAUUAUUUUCGAUAUGUUUCAGAAUGCUUAUCAACUCAGUUCUUUUUCUGGCAGUCUGGAUCAAUUCGGCGAUUGCGGAAGAAUCAUCUCCCAGCGAUGCUAUGUCCGACAAACGAGCGCCUAUGGGGUUUCAGGGUAUGCGCGGAAAGAAAAAUCUCAUCCCCACUUCGUUAGAACAUAAUAAAUUGUCUCAGAGAACGCUAAUGGAUUUUCAAGAUACGCGUGAUGAUAAGGAGUCGAACGCGCCCGAUAUUGAAGAUAAUCUUUUGCACGAGUUUGAGAAACGGGCACCAAUGGGAUUUCAGGGUAUGAGAGGGAAAAAGGAUUAUUUGACGCCUGAUUUCGAAGAUUCCUACUUUCGUAACGAGAAAAAAGCACCGAUGGGUUUUCAGGGUAUGAGAGGCAAGAAAAUUAUUUCGGAGGAUGAGUAUUAUAAACGAGCACCAAUGGGAUUUCAAGGAAUGAGAGGAAAGAAGUCUUUGGAAGAGGUGUUAGGCGAAAUUGAAAAGAAGGCCGCGAUGGACUUUUAUGGUACGAGAGAGAAAAAGACAUACGUUUUCGAAUAUCCGGAAGAUUACGAAAAGAGACUUCUCGCAAUGGGAUUUCAAUGUACUCGUGACAAGUUGAAAGAAUUUCCGGGAGAGUGGGAGAAAAGGGCUCCCAUGGGAUUUCAAGGGAUGAGAGGCAAGAAAUCAUUGUUCGACGAGAUAGAAGAACUUGAGAAACGGACUAUCAUGGGUUUUCAGGGCAUGAGAGGCAAGAAAAAUGCUUUCGAAAAUUACGUAGAUUAUUACAUGGAUCCUGAGAUGGAUUUCGACAAGAGGGCACCAAUGGGAUUUCAAGGAAUGAGAGGCAAAAAAGAUUCCGAUAAAAGAGCACCUAUGGGUUUUCAAGGCAUGAGAGGCAAGAGAAAUACGGGACAAAGAUUUGAUACCGGCAUGGACUUCAACACCCGAUCAUCAAACGGAUAUCAAGGAACGAGCAAUAGAAGAAACGAUCUAUCCUCGUGCCAGCUCGAAAAACGAUCGCCCUUCCGAUAUUUCGAGAUGCGCGGUAAGAAAAAUCCACGAUGGGAAUUACGGGGAAUGUUUGUGGGGGUAAGAGGCAAAAAAUGGGCGACAGCUCCGUACGAGGAGGACAGCCCGUUCAUAAGUGUGUUUGAUAACACCGAAAGGAUUGGCGUGGAUGGGGAUUCGCCAGCAAUAUUAGGUAAUUCAAUCAGCUGAUCAGCCAAUUGUCAAUCAAACAUUUACGCCAUGAUUCUCUCAACUUUCGCCUAUCUUUCAUGCGUAUUCUAAUGGCUGAAUAAUUGUGCUUUUCUAAUCUUUGUCGUGUGGAGCAGGCUUAAGAUAUAAUGUGUUAUAAUAUAUAAUGAUCUAUAUUAUUCUUGGAUGAAUUUCUUGAUAUAAGCGAAAUAUUAUAACUAUUCUGUAUCUUUUUAUCCUGCAUGUAACACGUGAGGUAUUUAAAUGUCAUCCAAUGGUCUCUGUAAUAUUUAUCGAUAUACUUUACUCCUGUCGAUAAAGCUUAUUAACGCUUCUCAAUUCUAUACUUUUACUACAUUCUGUGAUUAAUACUUGUAAUCGUCCGUUUACAAAUUAUUCCGCGCUAUUGAUGCUGUGAAAAUAUUUUUCCUUGCAUACCGGGUACCAAGUGACAUUUAAAACAAAGCUGCGGAUUAUCUUGCUAGCGACUGCGAGACAAUAGCGACGCAAGGGUCUGCUUUAAAAGUUUCUCUGCGGCAUAUUGUCGUCGAAAAGUUACUCGCCAUUGUGUACACACGAUUGCACGAAAUAACGAUAAAAUUCUAUAUUCUGCUAACUUUGGGAUGACAGUUUGACUGGUCACAAAGUCCGGUUAUCUGUCUAUAUACUCACGAUUUAUUAAUCUUGAAAUGUUUCAUCAAUCUUGGACUGUCUACAUGUUUUAUCUCUCUCCAUAUUUAAAUUUUAAUUAAAAAGAAAUAAUAACAAAAAAUUAAAAUAAUACAUUUUUCAAGGAUUAUGUCAUUCAGAUUAUCACAAAUAGUUUAUCUAUAAGGGCACAUAAUUUCUUCGUUAUUGUCAUAAUUUUAUUAUCAUGAUAUAUCAAUGUCAUAAUAUAGAUAUCUUUUUAUGUAUAUUAAAUGUAUAACGU